GUCGCGUCCCGGCCAGGCGGGAGCAAGGUUUCCGAGAGCGCUGGGCGCUCGGCGGGUCGGGGUAGCCCUAAGCCGGGCGCCAUGUCCCGCAACCUGCGCACCGCGCUCAUUUUCGGCGGCUUCGUCUCCCUGGUCGGCGCCGCCUUUUACCCCAUCUACUUCCGGCCCCUAAUGAGGCUGGAGGAGUACCAGAAAGAACAAGCCAUAAAUCGGGCUGGAAUUGUUCAAGAAGAUGUGCAGCCUCCAGGGUUAAAAGUGUGGUCAGAUCCAUUUGGCAGGAAAUGAGAGAGGCUGUCAGCAACUCUGAUUACGGGUGUAGACAUCUGCGUGCUUUCGAGUCGGCAGGGACCAUAAUAAAUCACCUGGCUAUCGGAUGAAAGCUGGAGAAACCAAGUGCAACGCCAUCAAUAAGACGACUUGUAAUGAGAGACUGUGCCCAAGGAUUAACACCGAGCAUCCAAAAGAACCCUGGAGCGAAUUACACCAUUAGCAGGUUUCCAUGAUUCGGUUUGCCUUUCCCCAAAAUGAAGCCGUCUCCCCCAGCUGUGUUUGGAGGGGGCCUGCUCAUUAUUCAGCCUUCACCCCUGACGGAGCCGUGAUGUGCAUACGAGCAACCAGGGAGGGCUGCGGCUGUUUUGCCUUCUUCCAAAUAAGAGACUGCACGGAAAACCCUCCCUGCUGGCCCACGUCCUGGGGCUCUUCGAAAACGUCCAUGUUGGAAAGGCUCUCUGGGGACAGGGUACGUGGGGCUGUUCAGGAAUAACCAGUUCCGCUUACGCACGGCUCCUGGAAGGCGGCUCUGCACUGGAAACUAAGUCACUGCGAAGCCCAUUCAGCUGCAUAUGCACAAGUGCAUGGUCAAAACCACGGUGAAUUAACAGGAGCGCAAAUAUGCAUACAGUAAAAUGAUUUAUUUUUAAUUCACAAUGGUCUAUGAAGCUUUCUCUUCAAGUAUUUUUUGGUAAACUCUUAAGUACCAAGAAACACUCCUGGACUAGAAAUUUGUGCAGUGUUCUGUUUGUACAAGUGAACAUUUUAAAGGUAACUUGCAAUUCGGUGAGGCAGGUGUUUGUGGAAUCAUUUUCUACCAGGUCCCUCGCCAGGUGUUGCUGAGAGGAGACUGAAAUUCCUCUCCCCCACUCCCGGCUCCCUCCC